CCCUUUCGUUCUCGUCUCCUCCAUUCUCAUUUUGCUCCUCUAAGUCUAGAGAGAGAAACAGAUACAGAGAGAGAGAGCGAGCGAAUUUCGUGGAGAGAGAGAGAGAGAGAGAGAGAAUGGAGUCGGAUGAAGGAAAGCUAUUCAUAGGAGGAAUAGCGUGGGACACGACAGAAGACAAGCUCAGCGACUACUUUGGUCAGUAUGGCGACGUCACACAGACCGUUAUCAUGCGCGAUAAGACCACUGGGAGACCCAGAGGCUUUGGCUUCGUCGUCUUCUCCGAUCCUUCUGUGCUCGAUAACGUCCUUAAUGACAAGCACACCAUUGAUGGCCGAGUGGUGGAGGCAAAAAGGGCUUUAUCAAGAGAAGAGCAGACCUCCUCUAAAACUGGAAACUUUAAUUCCAGCAGAAACUCUGGAGGUGGAGGAAACUUUAAGACCAAAAAGAUUUUUGUUGGAGGGUUGCCUUCAACCCUAUCAGAAGAUGGAUUUCGUCAAUUUUUUGAAAGUUUUGGCCAUGUAACUGAUGUAGUCAUAAUGUACGACCAGAAUACUCAACGUCCUCGUGGUUUUGGUUUCAUAACAUUUGACACUGAAGAAGCAGUUGAUAGAGUACUUUAUAAGAACUUCCAUGAGUUGAAUGGUAAACUAGUAGAAGUGAAGCGUGCCCUUCCUAAAGAUGCAAAUCCUGGUGGAGGGGGCCGUGUUGGGGGCUAUCAAGGUUAUUCUGGUGCAAGUACAAAUACAUUUGAUGGUCGGAUGGAUGGCAGUAGAUAUAUGCAGCCUCAAACCGCUGCAGGUGGUUUUCCACCAUAUUCUGGUUACGGUGCACCUGGUUAUGGUUAUGGGGCUGCAAGUAGUGGGGUUAGUUAUGGAGGCUAUGGCAGUUAUAAUGUAGGUGGUUACGGAAGUGCUGGUGCAGGAUACGGUGGUCCUGCAGGGUCCUAUGGAAAUCUAAGUGCUCCUAGUCCUGGUUAUGUUGGUGGAGCGCCUGGUGCAAUGAAAAAUGCUUGGGGCAGCCAAACUCCCUCUGCUUACGGGGCUUCUGGCUAUGGGGCUGCGGCUACUUGGAGUGCUCCUGCUGGUGGUGGUGCCAGUUCUGCGCCUAGAGGUCAAUCCCCAAGUGGGGCUUCUGGGUAUGGGAGUCAAGGUUAUGGAUAUGGCAGUUAUGCUGGUAGUUAUGGAUCAUACUCUGGUGCAUAUGGGGCGUCUGGUGGGCGUGCAGGGAGUGUCCCAAACAGCAAUUCAAGUGGUGUUGCUAGUGGAGGAGAUCACCAAGGAAGUGGUAGUGGCUAUAUGGGAAGUGGCUAUGGUGACACGAAUGGGAAUACAGGGUAUUCUAAUGCGGGAUGGAGAUCUGAUCCUUCACAGCCUGCUGGUGGUUAUGGUGGUACUCAGUCCAGGCAGGCUUAACAGGAGUGACGUGAUGGUAUUGAUUUCUGCUCAAGUAAUCCUAAUGCGGGCAAUCUUUUCCCUUUUCGAGUGCUUAUUUAUAUGCAUGAUGGUUACAUACUGGGUGAAUUGCUUGAUUCCCAGUGCUAGUUGGCAGUUGUAGUUCUGCUUAUAUUGUUACCAGUAUUUUCCAGCAGUAGAAAAUUUAGUUAAAUUUGUUUCAAAGUUUAGCAUUUAUCUUCAGGUUUGUUAUUUAUUAGCUAUGAGCUUGCUAAUCUACUUCCCCUCAUCCUCUUUUCCCUUCCAUUACAGCUGUAUGUAGCUUGGGCGCCAAAUAUGGCUAUCCUUUUCUUUGAUCA